CAGGUAACGGGCCGCGGCCGGCGCCCCCCCCCCCCCGGGCCCGCCGCGGGGCUCACGCCGCUCUCGCCUUCUCGCUCUCAGGCCUGCCGCCCACCAUGCAGAAAGUCAUGUUCAAGGGACUUCUACCGGAGGAGAAGACGUUGCGGGAAAUAAAAGUCACCAACGGUGCAAAGAUAAUGGUGGUUGGUUCCACGAUCAAUGAUGUGCUAGCAGUCAAUACUCCCAAAGAUGCUGCGCAACAGGAGGUGAAAACGGAAGAAAAUAAAAAAGAGCCCCUCUGUAGGCAAAAGCAACACAGGAAAGUAUUGGAUAAAGGAAAACCGGAAGAUGUAAUGCCUUCUGUUAAGGGUGCUCAGGAGCGCCUGCCAACAGUGCCCUUAUCCGGCAUGUACAACAAAACAGGGGGAAAAGUGAGGCUGACCUUUAAACUAGAGCAAGAUCAGCUGUGGAUAGGCACUAAAGAGAGAACAGAAAAAAUACCCAUGGGGUCCAUUAAAAAUGUGGUGAGUGAACCUAUUGAAGGACAUGAGGAUUACCACAUGAUGGCAUUUCAACUGGGCCCUACAGAAGCAUCUUACUACUGGGUCUACUGGGUACCUACUCAAUAUGUUGAUGCAAUCAAAGACACAGUACUGGGCAAAUGGCAGUAUUUUUGAAAGCACGCUCACCUCUGGCACAGGAGACUGACACAAAACUAAGGACACUGCUGGGAGAGGCCUCCAACAUCCCUGGAACUUUAUUAAUAAAAUAUGAUAUAACGAGGCAUUGACAGAAGCCAGAGGUGAUGUUCUUUCACCAUUAGUUUAUUUUUAACUUAAAAAUUUCAGCAUCCCUUUUCUGCAGACAGCUUCAAUCAUAUUUAAAGCAAAUACAAUGGAAAUCAAUAAAUUGUACUUCAUAAAACAUGGUGUGUAAUACACUUAAAUCUGCUGAGAGUAGAUCUUCCAAUUUAGUUUUCAGAAGAAAAUAUUACAUUGUAUUGUUGAGGAUUUUUUAUGUGAUUUGAACAAAAGACAGAUAUUUUCAUAAUUUUUCAGUUACAAACAGACUUAAUUUAGUUAUUUGGUUGUGAUUGAGAGUUUGAAAACAGUUUUUUAAAUUUUUAAACAGUAUGCAAAAUUGGGGUUUUGUAAGCCAUAUUAUGCUGGCCCUUUUAUUUCAGGUUCGACUUUUUAGUAGCAAAUUUUUAACUUUUUUUUAACCCAAAGAUGCCCUGUUCUUCUGUUUUUCUACCAGCAGCUCUGGGAUGAUGCUUGCAGUGUUGCAUAUUGGGAGCAGGAAGAUACCACUGUAGACUUUCUGUAGCCAAGAUGGCUUGGUGCUGCUUACUGUCCCAUUUCAUGCAAUUUCAAUCAUUUUUUUGUUGUUGUUGCAUAUUUCUGCCCUUGUCUGUUUUAUCCUACAGCAACAAAAUGCUAACAUUGACCUAGUUGCCUGAGUUAGUAUUGAUUUUUUGUUUUGUUUUGUUUUUGUCUGAACUCUGCAAAGGACUCCUGAAGUGAGUGUGCUGCAGUUGUAAUAAAGAUGAUGCUACAGGAAGUGAACCAAAGAGACUUCCUAUUAAUGUUUGGGAUAAACUGGCCAAGAUGCCCCUUUAUUUGGAUAUUGCAUAAAUAGGGUAGAAUAUGUGAUCGGAGUUUGAAAAAUCCUACUAGUAUAAUUCAGUAAGUCUACAAAGUUUUGUACAUGCACCCAACAACUGGCUCUCGUCUUUAAAAGGUAAAGAUAGUAAGGCUACACUUCAGCUUUCCUCAAGUUUCCAACUAAUUAUUCUAGUUCUUUUACCCUAGUUUUUUCUGAAGUAUUGUCCCUCAUCUGUAGCUCAUGACAUUCUGCCUGUUCAUUUAGCAGUUAAAUUAAAGUGCCAUUGAUCUCAGGUUUUCUGAGUGGACCCUUUCAGUCCUGGAAAGGUUCACGCCCUUAAUGGAUUGUAUUGCACAGCAAGGCUGAAUCAGUCCUGCUAUCCAAUUAACCUGCAUAUAACAGAUCACUGUUCCAAUUUUUAUCUCUUGGUUUUUUAAAACACUGUACACUUCUUAGUAUUAUUUGAUAUGUGUUUGUGAAAUUGGAAGGGAAACAUCCCUCUUUAUCAAAGGCUAGAUUUAACAUAUUCCUUGUUCAUAUUUCAUUUUAUUUGAAAUAACCAUGUUGAAACUCAGCAGAUACAAACUUCUUUUAUAAAGAUAGAAGGGGAGGGGUCAGCUGUGGUGUGGGCUUUUUUUACUUCUUCAGAUAUGAUUGUUGAAAGUCAAUUUGCAUUAAGGUUCUUUAUUUGCCUGCAGACUACUGGUGGCAAUAUAAUGUGGCUCUGGUUUGUCUUUCCAGUUUGAAUAUCCCUGCAGUAUAAAUUAGUGUCAAAGGUGUUCUAUUCCCCUGUCUAUAAGUUGGUCACAUGCGUGUUACACUAGUAGCUUGAGAGACUUCCUUUAUAUAUGAAAACCCAUACUAAUGUGUCUUGCCAUAUUAAUACGUGCAUUGUAACGGACUGUUCUGAAAUAGUACAAUGUGAGUUUCCUAGGACAACCUCUGAAAGCCCUUAGCAAGUGCAUUCAUUCUGGUAAUAGAGUUGCUGUCGGUUUUAUUACCUUUGAGCGAGAUGUAAAACUUACAUGCAGAUAUCAUGCUUUUUAUCUUCUGAUGGCCAAUUUUAGUAUUAAGGCUAAAACUGCAGUAUUUGAAAGAAAGUGCAUUCCCCCUGCAUUCUGUCCUGUCCUGCAAUUUCUUCUAAGCACUCCAGUGAACUCAGUGUUCAUACUCAGUAAUGUGGCUGAGCACACUGUACCACUAGUGCCUGUGCCGGGUAAAACAGAUCACUGACAUUUCAAAGGACACCGUUAGUGGAAAAAAUUCUAGCUCUUGCAUUACAAACAUCUUAUGUUAUUACAAAUGUAGAAAAUAAUUACAUUCAAAGGAACUUUUCCCUGUUUAUGUUCCUUAUUUCUUUUUACCUUCAUUUGAUUUAAAACAUGAAAUUCAUACCACUUUUGUUCACCCAAUUUCAGUUUCAGAUUCUAGGGGCGGUUGUUUGGGUUACAGCACGGGAAGGGGAUCUGCGUCUAACCUGUUUUCAUUGGUGGCUUGGGAUUUCUUGGCUGUUCAUUGCUUUGGGGUUUUAUGAAAGUUUAUUUGAAUUUGAGAAUAAUCUGAAAUACUAAUAUAAAAGUUGACAGUGCCCCUUAUCUCAGUUCUAUCUGGAGCAAUGUGGAGCUUUGUGUGGUUAGCUACUCUCUGCAAAAGUAACCUAAGCUAUAUCUACACUAGCACUUUUGUUGAUCAAAUGUGUAUAAACAUACUGAGCGAUCAGUUACAUCACAGAAGUGCUGGUGUGCACAGCACUAGAUCAGCAGGAGACACUAUCCACCUGACAUGGUUACUGCCAUUCGUUGGUGGUGGUUUAAUUAUGCCAACAGGAGUGCUUUCUCCCAUUGGCAAAAAGUGGCUAGAUGGGAGACCUUAUAACAGCACAACUGUGCUGCUGCAAGGUGUCUUGUGUAGACAUAACUUUAGUUAACUUUGUUCAUAAACACCUAGGAAUACACAAUAACUUCAGUGUAUGUACUACAGUCUGCUGAGUCCAAGUCCAAGAACCAUUUGGUACUCUGAAUAUCCCUGAAUUCCCUUUAUGUAACCAUGGGCGAUUCCUUGCUGGAUCCAGGAUAUGAAAGAGUUACUCACCUUGUGCAGUAACAUCUGUUCUUCGAGAUGUGUGUCCCCAUGGGUGCUCCACUCGAGGUACUGGACUCACCUCUGUGCCGGGACGAGUCCAGCACCUCGAGUAAAGCACCCCCGGGGACACCACUCGACGAAGAACCAUUGAUCCAAAGAGACCAAGGCGCGCACGAGCAGAGAUGGGGUAAAGAGUAUGUUGGCAUACCCGUACGUAAUACACACUUACUGCAAAAUAAACAUUAGAAAUUAGAUACAUUUUAUUUGUACUUCAAUUGGCUGAAUAAGAUUAUUAAAGAUUAUUUGUUUAAAGACCAUAGGGAAUUUGCCAUCAUUUUUAAUUAUCUUUAUGAACUAUACAGAAGUUGAAUUUCUUCAGUUAUUUUCAUGUUAAACUCUUUAAUAGGGCGUUCUUCUAAUCCUAAUUCUAAAAGAAUAUAUUUCUCAUUAGUACCCCAUCAUGAAGUAGCAGCAUAGGUAACUUUUAUGGUUACUGGCAAGCAGUGAAAGUAUUUGGAAUGCAUAUUUUUGGUGGGAAUGAGGAAAGUAUUUCCAUGAGCACCAAUCCUCGCUGUUUUUCAGGUGUCAUCUGGCCAACAUAUCUGUAUUAGCCAUUCUAGGUGCCAGUGUUUCUUUGAAGUACAUUAGCACCAACCCCUGUAAGUCAGGUGCCUCAUUGAAGUUGAACAUCUAGUCAAUGCUACCAAAAUAGGAGCAUGCCCUUUUCUGUAUUGCUUCUGAUCUUUCCUCGCCUGGGAUGUCUCCUUAUCUCCGCUUGUUUUGAAUAUAGUAUCCACUCCGUAAUUCUCAACAUCUCGAGUGUAAGCAUCUUACUGAUGGUAUUUGCAUAUCAGUACAAACCUAUGCUUUUACAUUUUUACUGGGCACAAGCAUCAGCUGCACCAAUUCUUAUGCUCAGUCAUUUUUGUAUGAAGAAUGUAUAAUACCUGUAAGUUUCCCACAUUAAUUUCAACCUUAAAUUAAAUCAUGCAAGAGUAAGUAUAUCUCAAGGAUAAUGUAUUACUAGUUAGGAUAAGGGUUCUUUUGUGGUGGUUAGUUGGGCAAAGUCACAAGAGAAAAAGAAAAAGUGGUUCAGGAAAGGAUUAGUUAAGAAACUGAUAACAUGCAAUACCCUUGUAGCAUAUGCACAGAUUGUAUCCACCUUUCCAUAUGGUAAGGGCCAAAGAUAGACAGUUCCUAUUCAAUACCAUUUAUAUCAAAGGUGCCAUAUUUUGGUGGUGAUUUCUUCCUUUUUCUCCUAUCUGACUUCAACUGUCCCUCAGAAUAAUCGGUGAUGCAACUAUCAGGCCACUGGCCUGUUCUCCUCAGAGCACAUGCUCAGAACUCUGUGAUUCAGUUGGUUGGGGUGCCAACUCCGUGCUGAAAGUUUUGCUUUCAAACUCUCCUUUCACUCUUGACUCCUCUCUCUCUCCUUUCCCAAGACAUCUAUUUAAUUUGGAGAUUCAUACUCCAUACUUCCACUGCCAGUUCUGAGUUGACUUUUUUUAUCAUGUUUAUUGUCAGGGUCACUUCAUUGGAGGGAGGCUAGGAUCGCUGUAGCAAGUCAUAUGUAGACCACAUGGUCAUUUUACCUUCCAGCAAAAAAUGUGCUUUAUGUGGCUCAAAGACGUUUACUAUAUUUUACCCAUAUUCUAGGUAAUUCAUUCUUUGGUUCUAUAUCUUUUUUUUUUUAAGACCAUGUUUAAGUUUUCACUGCAGAAUUAUUAUAAAAUGGAAUAUGUAAGUACCAUAAUUAUGGUAUUUUAAAAUAAUCUAUUUCCUAUUUUGGAGGAGGGGGAGAUGACAAAUAUUUAGUCUUAGAUUUGCACUGCUGGAUUUUUUUUAAGUGUAACCUUGACUGGUUAUCCUAUUGUUUUAUUCUGUAAAAUUAGUCUUAUCUAUUAAAGUUUGAUAAUUAAG